UACGACCGUCGCAUUGCGCGCGUUGAUUUCACUACGUCCGCAAAGCUCGAAAGUUUUUAUUGUGAUUCAGGCCAGUAUCGCAAUCGCGGCAUUGCUCUCCAAUGCCUCAGCCCAGUACCUUAGCUGCAAGAUGUGCUGCGCUAAGCACUUCUAUCGCUCAGGUCAUACCCGAUGUCAGUAGCUUUGCGCGACGGGCUCGCGAGGCAAGACACGACCUCAAUCAAAUUAAUCACGAUCUUUUAAUCCUCAGAACGGGGUUAGGGAUCGCGCAGGACGAUUUUUCGACAUCAGGAUCGAGGCUACCUACAUCUCUCAUCGAUGCAGUGUCACAAGUCCUUGAUUCCUGCGAUGAUACGAGCGAACGUCUGCACAAGAUGUUCUUGAAGCUAUCAUGCAGCAAUUCGCCAAAAGAUGAGUGGAAAUCGCUCAAGAGUGGGACUUUGAUGAUCAAUAUACGGUUGGAUCUUGAAGCAACUAGGAUAGUGUUGGAUCUCUCCCUUGACUAUCUUGCCCUUUUCGGUCAAACAGACACUGUUGACUCGCUCAUCAACUGUUAUGUUACGAGCUUAGCUGCCAGCAGCGAUGACCUACUGAAGCGGACGGAUAUCGAGGAGAUAAACGUCAAUCAGACGGCAAGGGACAGGCUUUCUUCGCUCCUUCAGGCAGUUCGCCUGCUUCGCUCAUGUAUCACAGCUGUUGCUCGGGAAGGAAUAGCAACAGGAGCGCAGUUGGAGAGGCGAACAACGAUACCUCGACCAGAUUCCCUCGAACCGAGUCUAGGCGAAUCGCGCCGUAGCGGAAGGAUCAGUCCACCGCCAGAGACUCGACCAGUGGGGCCUACCUCGAAGAAAGGUAUAGGUGCGUGGCUCGCAGGCGUCCCGUCUCACUCCAUGGUGAUACGUGUAACGGAGGAUUCAUUGCAUGCAAGGCCGACUUCGCAUAGCAGGCUGCUCCCGUCUCGUGGAACAUUUUACACAGACGAUGGCAUCUCUUCAGGUCGAACUUUAGUAGCACCCGAGUCACGACUCAGAAAGGCGCGUAGUUGGUGUUCCGAAAUAUCAACACACAGUGAUAUUAUGAUGAAGGGGAAGCCGACACGAGCAACAAUAUACUCGCCCACCAAUACCAACUCGGAUGUUUCAAUUUUCCACAAAAACAUCACUUCGGACAAGAUUGCUAUGACCAAAGGAAACAGGAGGAAUCUGGACCUUGAUCAGAGGGUGGGUGUAGAUCGUAUACUAGCAAACGUUCCGCCAGAAGCAACUCCAAUCGAAGUUGAACGAAUACUAUGCGAGGGCGCGAAUCCUAUGGUGGCACAUGCAGAAUACGGUUACUUCUUUAUUCGAGCGGCGCAUGAGAUGUCCUUGGAUAUUCUACUGAUCCUUGUCGAAUACGGCGCCGAUAUUACUCGCACAGCGCCGGAACCAAACCGAUACCACUCAGUCAUGCAUGCCGCGACUUCAGGACGACAACUCGACACGGUAAAAUAUCUCGCAUCCAUAGGCCACUCAAUCGAUGCCACGAAUGCUGUGGGAGAAACGCCUCUGCAUGUCGCUGUCAGAACGUCGGGGGCCUUCGGGGUGACAAAGUUUUUUGUGGACAUGGGAGCGGAUGUCAACCAUGAAACAGAUGAUGGCGAGACGCCAUUACUAAUGGCACUCACAUGCACGAAGUUGGAAGGAAAAGAGAGAGGCAUGAUCAUCGAACUGCUGCUCGCACAUGGGGCGGAAGGCGAGGUGAGCCGAGGAAUGGAGGGAGCAAGAGGUAACUCCAAAGGAUUAAGCAUCCUCGGACUCGACAAAAAGUCUACCGAUACCCUUAGGAGUGCGAAGACCGACAUAAGCCAUGUUUCACCCCCUAGCAUCACACCCGUGGUACCCCGAUGUCCAUUUGAACGCAUGGCGAUAGGUCGAAGAGCCAAGGAUGCGAACUGAAACCACUACACUUCUGACAUCAACGACAACAUGCAACAU